AUGAGCGGAGAGAACUACUACGCUCGCCAGCGGGUGGCCAGCCGCCAGGUGGACCAGCGGGCCGCUCUGUUCGGCAGCAGGGGCAACGCGCCACCCAGAGGCAGCAAGGCCGACCACAGUGCAGACAGGGAAGCGCUAGAGCGGCAGAACGAUGCCGAGAUCGGCGCCCUGGCCGGCAAGGUGGAGCGGCUGGGCGACAUCGCCAGGGGCAUCGGCAAGCAAGUGAAAGACUCGAACUCCCUGCUGGGGGGCAUGGCCGGGGAAUUGGACAAGGCGGGGACCCUGUUGAAGGGCACCAUGAACCAGCUCAAGGUGAUGAUGCAGCAGAGGAGCGGGAAGCACCUGUGCUACAUGGUGGCGUUUGUGCUCGUGCUCUUCUUCCUGAUGUACCUCUUGAGAGGCAUGGGGAAACGGCGCGGGAUCGAGGAGUUCUGGCAGGGCGGCACCCGCGACCCGGAGCUGGGCAGCGGCGAGAAGUUUGCGCGGGCCCAGUCGGGGGACCCCUGGCCGGCGGUGCUCCUGCGGCAGAAGUCGUUCGAGGACAUGCACAAGCUGUGGUACGUCCUGCUCAAGGAGAAGAAUUUCCUCAUGGCCGAGCAGCACGAGGCGAGGCAGCAGAGGGCGCGGUGGAAGCACCACGGCCGGCUGAAGAAGGUGAAGCUGUCCAUGAAGCGCAUCCUGACGGUGCUCACCAGGCGUGAGAUCCACCAGCAGGGCAUCCGUGCGCAGGAGAUCCUGGCGAAGCAGGAGCCGCGCUCGCAGUGA